GGUGCCUUGGGCCCGGGCCCGCCGCCGUCCGGCAAGCGGGGCGUGAGGCCCCCGGUCCCUUCAACCCACCCCGGCCGUGGCCUAGCGGAGCUUCCCCCGUUCCCCGGCCGAAAGCUGCGGCCAUGGAGAAGUACCAGGUGCUGGGCCUCGUGGGGGAAGGCAGCUACGGGGUGGUGACCAAGUGCAGGAACAAGGAGAGCGGGCAGAUCGUCGCCGUCAAGAAGUUCCUGGAAAGCGAGGACGACGCGGUGGUGAGGAAGAUCGCCGUGAGGGAAAUCAAGCUGCUGAAGCAACUCAGGCAUGAGAAUCUCGUGAACCUGCUGGAAGUCUGUAAAAAGAAGAAACGGUGGUACCUGGUGUUUGAAUUUGUGGAUCACACGGUGCUUGAUGACCUUGAGGCGUUUCCAAACGGACUAGACUACAGCAGGGUUCGGAAAUACUUAUUUCAGAUUAUGAGAGGAAUAGCGUUUUGUCACAGUCAUAAUAUAAUACAUCGGGAUAUUAAGCCAGAGAACAUACUAGUCUCCCAGUCGGGAGUUGUAAAACUAUGUGACUUUGGAUUUGCCCGUACCUUAGCAGCUUCUGGGGAAGCUUACACAGACUACGUGGCAACCCGAUGGUACAGAGCUCCAGAGCUGCUGGUGGGAGAUACCAAGUAUGGCAAGGCUGUGGACGUGUGGGCUAUUGGCUCUCUGAUAACAGAAAUGCUUACAGGAGAGCCCCUCUUCCCUGGAGAUUCAGACAUUGACCAGCUCUACCAUAUCACCAAGUGCCUGGGUAAUUUAAUUCCAAGACACCAAGAGUUAUUCUAUAAAAAUCCCCUCUUUGCUGGCAUGAGAUUGCCUGAAGUGAAGGAGGCCGAAUCUCUGGACAAACGAUAUCCCAAGCUCUCUGCUGCAGUGCUAGAUUUAGCCAAGAAGUGUUUGCAGAUUGAUCCAGAAAAAAGACCAUCCUGUGCUGAACUCUUGCAGUGCGAUUUCUUUAACAAGGAUGGAUUUGCUGAAAGAUUUGCUCAGGAGCUUAAAUUAAAGAUUCAGAAAGAUGCCAGAGACCAUCAAUUACAAAAAAAAUCAAAAAUCAGCAAAAGGGACAAAGAUGAUGUUUUAGAAGAAAGAAAAAUGCUUGGUGUCCAGGAUUUCAGCAUUGACCCGAAGAGCAGAGAUGCAAAGCUAUUAAAGGCAAAGCGCUCUAAAGCUGAUGCAGAGAAAGCAGACCGAUCCUCCAACCUGAGCUCCCUCUACAACCCAUUUAAAAUAAGCCCUCAAACCAGCCUAAAAGAUUCCGGCAGCAGCUUGGACUAUGCCAAGAAUGCAAGCAUAGUUAUCCCUCCCAUCAACCAGAACCUUUCUCCCACUACGAUUGGGAUGGGGCCUGUGCCUGGGAACCUUAAUUACAGAGUUGAUGAAAAGAGUAAAAAAUACUUGAACCCAUUUCUAAAGCAACGGAAGCAUUCUCCAGCAGGCCAUUACAGCGUAAGCUUGACAUCGGUUACUAAUGAAAAAAACAUCCUUCGGGCAAAUAGGAAAAAAUGGGAAUUCUCCAAGACAGAUGUGCGUUUGCCAGAACUAAAUCAUCUCCCUGAACUGAGAGGAGUGGAAGCGUGGCAUCCCAGAUUUCUGAAAAAGGAAAAUAAAACCGUUUCAGAGUCCCGUGUCCCCUCCCUUGCCGCGAUUGACCUCCAUAACCCAAGCCUGGCCUCACAGCAGCUGUCGGGGACCUUGAUGCCCGAUGCGUCAGAAGCCAGUUUCCCCAGAGUUGAGCACUAGCCUUAUGGAGAAGGAGAUCACACCUGCCUGUAAAAGGUGGCUGAAGCAGUGGGAACAACCCACCUGAGUUUCCAGGUGCGAAAGCUGCAAGGUCUCUGCAGGAGAGAGGAAGAUCCCUUCCUCUCUUGUUAGUGCAGCGGACUGCCGUGGGAAGCGGCUCAGGUCCAGUCCGAGGACAGAGCUCGCACUGCCAUUGCUGCUGGAUUCCUUGCCUGCAAAAUCGCUCCUGAAAUGUCGACUUUCUGGCCCAGGGCCAGGUCUUGUCUGAGGCUGCUCAGAAAAAAAUACUGGUUACUGGUGUGUGACAAGGGCAGAAGCUAGUCUGGAGGAUUUUGAAGGAAGCUGGGCUUUCUUUUGUCUAACUGCUGCCCUCUUGAGGGUUUGCUUUUUAAAUGAGUAGUGAAGAGAGUAGGUAGCUGCUGAAUUUGCCAUGUUUUGGUGGGCUACCUGAUCUCUAUUGGAAAGCACCUUUGCCUUGACAAAAACGUCAGUGAAGAAAAUGUCUGUGCAAGAAAUACGACGUUUAAAUGUGUAAAUGUUCUCAGCUGUUCCUUUGAAACCCUUGCUAAUGCUCAGCAGCAUGUGUGACCCUGUGUUAGGUUCCUUUUCCUUCCAUGCUUUCGUGUUCCCCCCACCCCGGCCCUGUCUUUGGGCAGUUGGCUUUCGGGUGUUUAACUGGGCCUGUUGUCUGGCCGCGCUGGGUGAAUGUCUGGGUGCUGCUAAUGGUGAAGGAAGAAUAUCAGUGUAAAAUACUGAGCUGUGAUGCAGGUGGCAUGUAAAAUGGCUUCUGUGAGCGCUCAGUAACUCACUUAAGUCAUCAGUCCUUUAGGUCCCUUGGGGGGAAUGGGACAUGUAAGUGUAAAACUCGACAGUGGCUUGCGGGGAGAGAAAGGUGGCAUCGCUUUUAUCUUGGGACCGUUAAGAGACCAUUUUUGCUUAACUGCCCUUGAGUUGGUUGUAGUCAGUUCUAUGGUGUCCCUACAUUGCUCACAACUCUUUUCCGGCAGCUCGAGGCUGCUGUCACAGCUCAAAGCCCUGUACGGUGUAGUUAAUUUUGGAACUUGUCUUUCCCCAAAAAGUGGCCUUUCCCAUCGAUGUCUCAUGGCGGAAUACAGUAUGAGUGUCACCGUAUUUAGAGCUGUGUGGCUAUGCUGUGUUUUGAUGUGCGCAUUACAAUUUGUAAAUAAAAGGAUAUU